AUGGAGUCCCUGCUCGGUCUGGCCGCGAACGCCACCAACCUGGUGGCGGCUGGGGAUGAGUUUGCGGGUCCGAGCGUUAGUUUUGUGCAACGAAAGUGGAACGGCUUUAUAGAUGUGAUCGGAGACGAUCCGGACACGCUGUACAUGUGGUUUCUGACCGCGUACACGUACGGGUUCUUCUGGAUCGUCGGCGGCCUGUUCGUGCUGAUGGACCUCACCAACAGGCCGCGGUUUUUGCGCAAGUUCAAGAACCAACCGGGCGUUAACGAGCCCCUCGAGUGGGCGAAGCUGAAGGAGCUGGUCAAAACCGUCGCCUACAACCAGCUCGUGUACGGGCUGCCGACGUCCUACCUGUCCUACCACGGGCGGAAGUUGAUCACCGAUGCGCUGCCGGACGUGCGCGAGCUCCCGUCGGCCACGAUCAUCGUCCGUGACAUCCUGGUAUGCAUCGUUUCCUGGGAGGUAACGUUCUACUACACCCACCGGAUGCUGCACUCGAGCUUCUUCUACAAGCGGAUCCACAAGCAGCACCACCAGUGGACGUCCCCCGUGGCCUGGUCGGCCAUGUACGCCCAUCCGUUCGAGUUCGUCAUCAGCGAUCUGCUGCCGGUUUACGUUGGGCCGGCCCUCAUGACGAGCCAUGUCUUCACGAUCGUCAUCUGGUUCACGUUCGUCAUGAUGGACACGCUGGUCGAUCACUCGGGCUACCAUCUCCCAGUGCUAGGUAGCUCCGAGAUGCACGAUUACCACCAUCAGAAAUUCAACCAGUGCUUCGGUCUAUUCGGCUGGUGCGAUGGGCUGCACGGCACGGACAGUGAGUUCCGGAAGAAGAAGCAAUACCAGCGGCACCACCGCAUCUUCGGUCUGAAGUCGGCGCGCGAGCUUGUCCCGGAGCAUUGA